AGCCGUGUGGGCGGCGAUUGUCCGAGUGUGGUGCGCGCUGUCUUAUGGCUGCCGCCUCGCUGCUGUUCGCCCUUUUGGUCCUCCUGCGGGUGCGGCCGUGUCCCUGCCGCGGGGAUCCGGCCUCCUCCCCGGCCGUGACGGCUCGGCUGGCGGCGAAAUGGCCGGCGACCCCAUUGCUGCUGGAGGCGAGUGAAUUUAUUGCAGAAGAUGGUAAUGAGAAGUUUUGGCAGUUCUUGGAAACUGUACGAGAAUUAACAAUUUAUAAACAAGGAGAUACAGAGUAUUCGUAUUACAAUUUAAUCUUGAAGAAAGCAGGACAAUUUUUAUCCAAUUUCCAAAUCAAUCUGUUGAAGUUUGCACUUUCCAUACGGGCAUAUUCUCCAACUGUUCAGAUGUUUCAACAGAUUGCAGCUGAUGAACCUCCACCAGAAGGCUGCAGUGCAUUUGUGGCUAUCCAUGAGAAGCACACCUGUAAAACUAAUGAAAUUAAAAAGCUUCUGAAGAAGGCUAAUAAGAGACCCAGGCCAUAUCUUUUUAAAGGAGAUCAUAAAUACCCAACUCUCAAAGAGGAUGGCCCAGUUGUUGUUCUCUAUGCUGAAAUGGGUACAAGAGACUUCGUUAAGUUCCACAAAAUUUUAUCUGAGAAGGCUCAAAAGGAGGAAAUUGUUUAUGUUCUCCGGCAUUAUGUUCAGAAACCACACUCCAGAAAAAUGUAUUUAUCUGGAUAUGGUGUAGAACUUGCAAUAAAGAGUACAGAAUACAAAGCAGUAGAUGACACACAGGUUAAAGUAACAAAUGAAACCAGAAAAGAGGAAGAUGAGGAGGAGGAGGAAAGUGAUGUCCAAGGAUUUAUCUUUGGCAAAUUAAAACAAUUGCAUCCUGACCUGAAAAAUAAUCUGAAAGAGUUUAAAAAACAUCUAAUUGAAACUACAAACAGCAUGGAACCACUAAAGGUUUGGGAAUUACAAGAUCUUAGCUUUCAAGCAGCUGCUCGAAUUAUGUCUACCCCUGCUUAUGAUGCCUUAAAGGUGAUGAAAGACAUAGCUCAGAACUUCCCAAUAAGAGCCAGAUCAUUGACCAGAGUGUCUGUCGACAAGCAAAUGAGAAAUGAAAUAGAAGAAAAUCAGAAGCACCUUCAUGAAACACUUGGAAUCCAACCUGGUGAAGCACGUUUAUUUCUAAAUGGCCUUCAUAUUGACCUGGAUUUUCAUGAUCCAUUUAGUAUCUUAGAGACUCUUAAAGUGGAAGGGAAAGUAAUGCAUGGCCUUCAUGAACUUGGAAUCCAAGAGGAAAUCCUGAGUAAAUUUAUGAGAUUGCAUAUUCAUCCAGCAGAUAACAGCUAUGCACUAGACAUUCGUCACUCUUCAAUAAUAUGGAUUAAUAACAUAGAAAAGGACCGCAGCUACGUGACAUGGCCUGCAAGCUAUCAGGAACUGCUAAAACCCACAUUUCCUGGAGUUAUACCACAGAUUAGACGCAAUUUAUAUAAUCUGGUGCUUUUUGUUGAUCCUGUCCAAGAAGAUACAGACGAUUAUAUGAAACUGGUGGAAUUAUUCUAUCAUCAUAAUGUACCACUUCGAAUUGGAUUUGUUUUCAUUUUAAAUACAGAAGAAGAAAUUGAUGGAAAUGAAGAUGCUGGGAUAGCUCUUUGGAGAACUUUUAAUUAUGUUGCAGAGGAAUCUGACACCUUUCAAGCCACUACCUGCAUAAUUAAUAUGUACCAUGAAGUGAAAGAUGGAAAUGUUCUGACAGUGAAUCAUGUGAAAAAUAUUCUUAGAAGAGAAUACCCCCAUGCUGAUAUUCAGAGUAUACUAGGUGUUCAUUCUGACUAUGAUGAAGGGAGGAAGGCAGGAGCAACCUUUUAUAAGAAGACCGGCCUGGGUCCGUUACCUCAAGCUCUGUUUAAUGGUGUGCCCUUCAACAAAGAAGAGAUGAAUGCUGCAGAGUUAGAGUCCGUUAUUCUUCAGAGAAUUAUUGAUGCCAGUGGGUUCUUCCAGAGGGCAGUGUUCACGGGUUUGUUAAAUGAUCACAUAAAUGCAAUAGAUUUUCUUAUGGAUCAGAACAAUGUCGUUUCUCGUAUAAACCCCAGUAUUCUUGGAGCAGAAAGAAGAUACCUGCAUUUCAGAUCUACAUCUGUUCCAUUUGAUGUGCAGGACUUCUCUACUUUCUCCUUUUUGGACUCACAAGAUAAAAGUGCUGUAAUUUCAGACAGCAUGAAGUAUUUAACAAAAAAGGAUGAAGAUGCAUUAUAUGCUGUGACUGUCUGGAUUAUUGCAGACUUUGAUAAUCCAUCUGGGAGACAACUGCUUUCUAAUGCCUUGAAACACCUGAAAACAAGCAGUCAUAUACGAAUUGGGGUUUUGAACAAUCCCUCAUCAAAAAUAAAGGAAGAUAACACAGCCAUUGCAAGAGGAAUUUUGACAGCUCUUCUAACACAAAGCAACAGAAGCUUAAAAAGUUUCCUAAGUAAACUCACAAAGGAAGAGACAGCAAAAUCCCUUGCUGCUGGAACUAAAAUUGUGAAAAUCCUCCUCCCAGGAAUGAAUGAUGAUGCUUUUGAGAAGAAGUACAACACUUUAGGAUUGGAUAUAAUUAAAACCCACCAGAUGUUCUGUCAGGAGGUUCUUAAGCUGCUUCCUGGGCAAAUGGCUGUUGUGAGCAAUGGCAGGAUAUUGGGUCCUUUAGAUGAAAAUGAAUUCCAGACAGAAGACUUCAAUUUGUUAGAAAGAAUAACAUACAGUACCUCAGCAGAGAAGAUUAAAGCAGUUGUCAAAGAGAUGGGAGUCAAUACUAAAAGUGGCAGUGAUUUGAUUAUGAAAAUAGAUGCGCUACUGUCAUCUUUGCCUAAGACAGAGAUGAGACAAGAUGCUAAAUUACUUAGAGAACAGCACAGUGUAGUAAAACUUGAACCGCAAGAGAAUGAACCAUUCUACGACGUUAUUGCUGUUGUUGAUCCAUUGACAAGAGAAGCACAGAAGAUGGCUCAUUUAUUGAUUGUACUGAAAGACAUUGUCAAUGUGAAACUCAGGUUGUUUUUGAACUGCAGAUCUAAGCUGUCAGAAGUGCCACUGACGAGCUUCUAUCGUUUUGUUCUGGAACCAGAAAUAAUGUACGGGAUCAACAAACACCUUCCUUCUGAACCUGUGGCAAAAUUCCUAGAAUUGCCAGAAUCACCCCUUUUGACUUUAAACAUGAUCACUCCUGAAAGCUGGCUGGUUGAAGCAGUGAACAGUUCCUGUGAUCUUGAUAACAUUCAUUUGCAGGAUAUAAAAGGAACUGUUGUAACAGAAUAUGAACUGGAAUACAUAUUGCUUGAAGGACAUUGCUUCGAUGUGUCAACGGGACAACCUCCUCGAGGGCUACAGUUCACUCUGGGCACAAAGAAUAAUCCUGUCAUGGUUGAUACUAUUGUGAUGGCCAACUUGGGGUAUUUUCAGCUGAAAGCAAAUCCAGGUGCUUGGACACUGAGGCUGCGUAAAGGAAGAUCUGAAGACAUUUAUCGGGUUUUUUCCCAUGAAGGAACAGAUUCUGUAGCUGACCUGGCAGAUGUUAUUGUGGUUUUAAACAACUUCAGAAGCAAAAUAAUCAAAGUCCAAGUACAGAAAAAGCCUGAUAAAAUGAAUGAAGAUCUCCUUACUGAUGGAACAACAGAAAAAGGGAAUUUGGAAUCAGUUACAAGGCUUUCAGAAAUUUCACCAGAAGAGAAGGAAAAUAAAAGUGAUGUACUUAACAUUUUUUCAGUCGCUUCAGGCCAUCUAUAUGAACGUUUUUUAAGAAUUAUGAUGCUUUCUGUUCUACGUCAUACCAAAACACCAGUUAAAUUUUGGUUUCUGAAAAACUACCUCUCUCCAACAUUUAAGGAUGUUAUCCCUCACAUGGCUAAGACAUAUGGAUUCAAGUACGAGUUAGUACAGUAUAAGUGGCCCCGCUGGCUUUAUCAGCAGACAGAAAAGCAAAGAAUUAUUUGGGGCUACAAAAUCCUUUUUUUGGACGUUCUUUUCCCUUUGGCUGUAGAUAAAAUAAUCUUUGUCGAUGCUGACCAGAUUGUGAGAAGUGACCUGAAAGAACUCAGAGAUCUCGAUUUAAAGGGAGCUCCUUAUGGAUACACACCUUUCUGUGACAGCCGUAAGGAAAUGGAUGGGUACCGUUUCUGGAAAUCGGGAUACUGGGCAUCACAUCUUGGGAAAAAGAAAUACCAUAUUAGUGCCUUAUAUGUUGUGGAUCUUAAGAAGUUCAGAAAGAUUGCAGCAGGAGAUAGGCUUCGGGGCCAGUACCAGGCUCUUAGUCAAGAUCCAAACAGUCUGUCAAAUCUAGAUCAGGAUCUUCCCAAUAAUAUGAUUCAUCAAGUAGCUAUCAAGUCUCUCCCUCAAGAGUGGCUUUGGUGUGAAACCUGGUGUGAUGAUGAAUCUAAGAAAAAGGCUAAAACAAUAGACUUGUGCAACAAUCCCCAAACCAAAGAACCAAAAUUAGAGGCUGCUGCUCGAAUAGUUCCAGAAUGGGUUGACUAUGAUACUGAGAUUCGAAAGUUAAUACAGCAGAUUGAGAAGGAGAAGAAAAGUAAAAAAUCAUCUUCUAAAAAAGGCUUUAAGCACGAUGAACUUUAGCACUGCCUUUAAAAAGUGAUGGUGACAGUGUACUGUCUUCUGCAAAGGAUGGAGUGGAAGCCAUGGAAGUUGCCUUGGCACUAUUUGUAACACUCUGUAAUGUAAAGUGAAAUAUUUUGUAACUUAUGGUGUUAUUUAAAGAGUUUUACAUAAGAAACAGAGACCAGAAGGGAGAAAUCCACAGGUACUUGGUUUUAUUUAAGUCAGUAGAGUUGCUUUUGUUAUUUCUUUUUCUUUUCCUCCUCUAGAAGACAAUCUGCCCAGGGGAUUUUAGAGUAUAAAGAAUGAUGUAUUCAGCUCUUCAAAGACGCACUGCCUCAGCAAUUGGGAAGGGGGAGGAGGCACUAAAUAGUUAUAUGAAAACUGUUUUAUGCAAAUUACAUUCAUUUAGUCUAAUGUAUUUAAACACCAAGAAUUUUGGUUAUACGUCUAUAGUUUUUUUUCCUGGAGGAAUGCUGUGGUCACAAGCCAAAUUCUCAUUGUAGCCAAGAUACAAUAUAAAAAAAAUAGCUUGGGUAAUUCAGACCACACAAAUUCACCUUUGAAGCUUACCAAAGUCAGGAAUAUAAUUUUCUAUUCAUGAUACAGGAUUACUGCCCUCUUAGCUAAUUUGGGAGAAUCCUUUCUGAUUCUUGGGCUCCCUUUGUCACUCAAAUAGUAUGACAUUAGAUUCCAUUGUGUGGUUUUGGUUAAGAAAGGUCAGAAGGUCCGUGCCUGAGAGCUGUAUCCACUCAGUUUUGACUAUCAUUAUUCUAUCCAGAGUUUAAAGUAAUAAAACACUCGACUCAUUUUUCACUCUCAGUGGUGUCUACUGUUAUUUUAUCAAUACUCACUCAAAAAACUGUUGCUCGAAUGGGCUGUCAGUACAUUUUGAUUGUGCAAAAACUGCAGUGGAAAAUUCUGGCAGUACACAUUUGCAAAUAGGAAAAUGUAUUUAUGAAACUGAUAUUUGGUGCCUUAAGUACAUAUCAUUUCAUUUAAUUUGUGCUGGUUUUAAAGCAGGCUGGAUAUAACCACAAAUUCUUCCAUGAGCUGUUUAAUGUAAUCUUUCAAUGUAAGUGCUUGUAAUUAUAAAAGAUAAUGUAAUUUGCACUAAGUGGGUAAAUCCAGCGUGAGUUGCAUCUCUCUGUACCUGUAAAUAAGAGCAUAAAGGGUAAGAAAAAUGGAGCACAUUUUGUAUGCAGUCAUUGUGCUCGGGUGUAGGUUAUUUGAAAUUGCUUCCCUUAAGUGCAGGUAUUUAUAAUCUAUUUAUAAUGCUUUCCUGACAUUCAUCAAGUCUCAGUAAUAUGAAACAUGCAAAUUUUUUUUACAGGCAUUUAUAUAUUACGUUGUAUUACCUUUCUGCAUUUUGAAUAGCAGUUUAAACGUCAGUAUGGAUUUUCAAAGGUCUGUUGUGGGCAUUUUAUUUGUAUGAAGUACCCAAUAGGAUAUUCCCUCUGAAAUCCAGCAGUGUUAAUCAAUCAGCCAAUACCAAUUUCCAUUCCCUCUCCGUCACCACAAUGUUUAUUUUGUUGCUCCUGUUCUCUUGACAAGUAAUGUAAUCCAGAAGAACACUGGACAGGAAGUGAAACAUGUUGGAACAUAACUAUGUAUGCUGGUGUUUCUAGAACACUGAUGCUGCUAUACAGUCAGUGUGUAACAGGAAAACAACUGUUACUCUCCAUAUAAAGGGAAAAACUGCGAUCUGCUUCUUUACAGUUUUUGAGCAAGGCUAGAGGAAAAAAAGCACUGUUUUCUCCUAUUUUGCAUCAUGCAAUGAACAUUAAAUGUUUGGUUCAUGUCAAGGAGCUCAUUUCUAGAGUCAGAGAAUGCCUCUUUACCCCACUUACUGAUGGGGUAAUGUUAUCUAAUUUUACUCGUGGGAGAACUGCAUUCCCAGUGCAGCAUUCUGAUUGUGAAAGGACAGUGGGAUGCUUUUCUUCUGCCUCUUAUUCAGGAUUUGUGUUUGGAGUGACACACUGACUCCUUUGGUGCCAUAAGAAUACUCUCAUGUUGCAGGCCGGUUUGGGCUCCUGGCACAGCAGGCAUUGCCCUGCUGACAGCUGGACACAUCCUCCCUGCAAUGGGGAGGAGUCUCCUGCAAGGCUGCCUCUUAAACUCACACCUGUGUUAGCUAAUACUUCAUUCUGCACUUCACAGACCAGAGCUGUGACCCCGCAGCACUUUCUGACUUUUCUCAGCUUCCUCUGAUGAAAGUCUCAAUCUGGUUUGUCAAUUCCUCACUUGAAGGCACAGCUCAAGCAGUUAAAACCAUAAUCAGCACUGCUGUAUCUCCAUUUCUCUCUACCAUUGGAGCUUUCAGUUCUGUUUGAAUUCUCACUCCUUCAGAUGAAAGAAACAUCCUGCAGCCUCUCACUGGCUGUUGCCAACUCACAUAAAUAGCUUCCUGUUGCUGCACUCCUAAGUGCAGUGCUCCUCUACCAGAUUCUGGGCUCUGAUGACUGCAAAAUGUGGAUUUAUAAAAGCAUUCAGCCUCAGUUUCGACUUACCCUGUGGAGGCACUGCACUGUAAAGUCAGUUUCUCAGUCUGGUUCCAUUUACAUGGAACUAACUCUCCUGGGAGCCCUCUGAGGGCAGGGCCUGCUCAGUACUGCCACAGAGAGCAGAGUUCAGCACUGCCCUCCACUCCCUGUGAGGAGCUGCAGCCACCACCAGGCCUCCCCUCAGCUCCUCUGCUCUGAGCGCACCAGGGGACCACAGUCACUCUUCAAACACCCUGCCCUCCUGUAUCUCUGUAGCCCUGCACUGGCUGCACACUAAUAGCUUUAUGCCCUUACAUCAUUGCCCCAAAGCUGCACCCAGUGCUGGAGGUGAGGCUGCACAGCACAACAACCCCACCCCUCAGGUGGCAUUGCUGGGCCUGACGCACCCCAAGCUUAUAUUUACUCUGUUAACUCAGCCCUAUUACAAUGCCUUGCUGCAGCCUGAUGACUUCUGCACCAGUAGCAGUUAUAAUUUACCCCUAAGC